CAUCCUUAUUGGAACUAUUAUAACUCAUAAAAAGCCAUGAUGGUUUUUAGAUGUCUGAUCCUAUGGUUUUCACCACCUCAACCCUCAAAGAUCCACCUGAGAAAACAUUCCACACCCUCAUGGUGAUGCUCCUGAAAACACAACUCUCUAUGGUUUCAGCUUUAUUUACAGUUGAAGUUCCUUAACAGUUAUAUGUUAUAAAGUAUGGGAGCAACGUGACCAUGGAAUGCAGACUGCCUGUGAAUGGCUUGUUAAACCUAGGACCUGUUGUUUGGGAGCGAAAAAGGCAGGGUCAGUCAAAAUCAAAAGAGGCGUACACACUCUGCAAUGGAAAAGCAUUCCCUCCAUUCCAGCAUCAUGAUUUCAUAGGAAGAGCAGCAUUUCUGCACCGUGAACUGAAACUGAAAUGAGCUAUCCUUCAGAUCACCACUGUGAAGAUCACAGAUGCAGGAUCAUACCUCUGUCUCACCGACUAGCAGGAUGUGGACUACAAGUAUAUUACUUUGAAAGUAAAAGCAUCCUACAAGAGAAUAAACACUCAACUAAUGAGAAAACCAGAUGAAGACAAGUUUGUUCUAUCAAAAGCCUUUCCUCUGGCAGAUGUUUUCUGGCAAAAUGAGAAGAACUUCAAUAUCAGUGUUUCUGCAAAUACCACCUAUACGCUGAACGCAGACGGCCUCUAUGAUGUCACCAGCAUCCUGGCAUUCACACCAAAUAUGAGAGAGAACUACAGCUGCGUGUUCUGGAAUAAAGAACUGAAUGGAGAAACUUCAUUUCACAUUUCCACUUUGGCUUUAGUGAGUCCACAAUAUAGCGGACAAAAAUCCCUGAUCUUCUUUAUCAUCCCCACGUGUGUGAUGGUAGCUGUCUUUCCCUCUGCACUAAUAAUAUUUCAAAAGAGAAAAUCAUUCAAGAAUAGUCAACCCCAAAAAGAUGGGAAAAGAAAACUGAACACUAACCUGAAAGAUGAGAACAGAGAUGAUUUUAACUCUCAAACUGAGGCUUUAUACUUGUCAACUGUCAAAGCCUCAAAAGACAGUGUGAGUCCUUGA